AGCUGGCUGGAUGUCGAAGUCCCUCGGUGCAGCCGCGAUGUCGACCACGGAAGGGCGCAUGAGUUACAAGGAGAUCCUAAAGCGUGUCUCCUUUGCGAUCAACCGCUACCUGAGCUACACGAAGCUCGAGCUCACGGAGGACUACGAUCCGCGCGAUCCCUCGUUGACGCUGCAGCCGCACGAGCACGUGAUGUCAUGUCUGGACUCGCUGAGCACCGUGGCGGUGCGCAUGGGUAUGGUCGAACAGUUCCCGAACUUGCGGAACAACUACUCGCUCUUGUUCGACUAUCCCACCAUGGAAUGCCUGGCACGAGCACUCUAUGAGGGAGAUGACCAGCUGGAGCGUUUGCAGAAAUCCGACGUUCCACCGAUGAAGCCAGCACCGUGGGCGGAGCCGGUCGCGACGCUGGAACCGGAGCUCAAGCCCGAACUGCAGCCGUUCACACAGCUGACUGAGCUGAAAGCGAAAAGCUGGUCGGAUGCUCUCUACUCGGAGACCUUGAUAGAAGAGCGCUUCGUUCGGCAAAGCGACGGCAUGGAAUGCAUCCUGAUCCCAAGCGCAGAUGUUCACAUCGGUGGCGGCACUGCAGAAGCCGCACGGUGCAAUGAACAGCCAACACAUCCUGUGAGGCUCAAGAGUUUCUUGAUGGAUAUCGAACCCGUGAGCGUUGGAGCUUACGUGCGCUUCUUGAACCUGGCUUCUCCACCACCCACUGAAGCUCAGCUACUGGACUGGUGCCUCUUGCCACUCUCCGAUCGGAGGAACCUCCACGUGCCAGUGGCCCGGUAUGGCAAUCGCUGGGAAGUGAAGGAGGGUGUGCCGGUGAACUGGCCCAUGAUCUUGGUCUCCUGGUAUGGUGCCAAUGCAUACUCCCUCUGGGCGCAUGGCAAAGAUUGGCAUGACUACAAGACAGCCACAGCUGGCUUCUUGCCCAGCAAGGCCCAAUGGGAGUACGCAGCACGCGGCGAGACGCCCCGCAGCUUUCCUUGGGGUGACAAAGCUGAUCCCGAGCUGCUCAACGUCUGUUGGGAGGCAACCCUGCACGCGGAUGAAGCCUUGAACUCCAAACCUUUGCGGGAGUUGCCGCUGAAAGCGGUGAACCUCCGUAUGGGACACAAUCCUUUCGGUCUUCGCGGCAUGGCGGGGAACGUUUGGCAGUGGUGCCGCGACACCUACGACCCCGACUUCUAUUGUACCCCCCAGGCGCGUCUUCCCGACGCCUGGAACGACGGCGCUGGCAUACGACGCUCCGAGCGCGGCGGGAGCUGGGUUGGAGGAGCGCACAUGGCACGGAGCAGCUACCGCCGGGGCCGGUGCCCCGAAGCCAAGGGUCGCUGCUUGGGCUUUCGCUGCUGCGCGCCUCCAGCGCUGCUGGAUGCCUCCACGACCACGGGGGACGCCUCCAGCCACACGAGCUCGGACCUUUGACCCGGAGACCGGGACCAUGACCGGCGUCCGGACCGGGGCAACCGGGAGACCGGGGCGAAGAUCGAAGAAGGUUUGAAACUGAAGGGUGAAGAGCAUGAAGCCUGAC